CUCUCCAGACAUCCACGUCCAGUCUGCCCGUUCUGCAUUCCAAGACGCUGCACCCCAGCCAGGCACUGGCCGCGCAACUCGACGCCGGACAUAUAUGCCGCUGCAGAUACGCGUGGGGAACGUCAGGGCACUGAGAUGCCUAUUCGAUCGAUCGCCAGUCGCAUCGCUGCUCCGUGAGGCCGUUCUGCAGCCCAGUCGCACUCCGCAUUUUCCACGACGUUGUCCACAUCCCACACGCCAGCAUCCCAAGCUCCGCAUACGCGUGAUCUGGCCUGCACGCUAGCCGGCUUGUGGGCGUGGAUUGGAAUCUCAGUACGCGAUUUGAGGGGUCAAGCUGUGGAACGUCGUCCUUUGACUCGCUGAAGAAACGUGAUAAGCCACCUGCAAGAUUACCAAAGCAGCAAUUCUGCUCAGGUCACACUGCUCAUCAUCGUUGUCGCUGCGAACGCCUCAGCAGAGCCGUACGAACUGUAUGUCAGCUGAUCCCCCACUCCUGCUCCUUAAUUCGACACUGUUGAGCCUCGACCGUCGGCAUUGUCGAGUCUCCAUCAUGGCCUCAGACGGGAAUACGACAAAGACCCCACGGAAUAUCAUCACCUACCAUUGCAUAUGCACUCACCUUCUGCUUGCGAGCACGCAACCCCUCGCCACUCUCCCAACGCGUUCCUCCCUCGACAAGUCCUCGAUUCUGCGGCUACCACCGGCAUCCCACGCUGAGGAACUGAGCGAAUAUGCCGUGCUGCUCGGAACAACGCUGGAUCGAGCUCCUGUCAUCAUACGUGGCGACCAGGGCUUCGAAAAGCGUUAUCUCCAAAAGUGUGGGCGAUGCAAUUUGACCGUGGGGUAUCAGCUCGACAAGGCUCAGUAUGAGGGUAUGGAUGAGAAGGGGCGGAGAGAUGACGUGGUUUAUCUUUUACCUGGAGGCUUGUUGACGACUGAAGAAAUGAGUUCUGGGAAGGACGUGGGGCCGUCUCUAGCAAUCGAUGGAUGAGGUGCCCACCCAAGCAUAAGAAUUGAUCAAAAGCAGAAGGAAUCAUCCGGAAACUCACAUUCUGUUGGGGCUAUUGGCUGAUGGAGCUCUUUCCGGUAACCUCCCUUUAAUCACGCCGGACCGCGUGAUGCCUCGAGCUUGCAAAGCUCUGUCGUUGUGCCCUGGAGAUUGAAGAGCACUCUAUGUGCAUCACCGAUACUGUGCUCCAGAGGCCUCUUGAGACUCGAGCAGCUUGAUUGAAAUAGCUCCGGGUUCGAUGCUUUUACAUCGUCAGUAAUUGGGAACUCUCACUUAUUUUGGCCACGCCCAGCCACGCAAUAGCGUUAGGAUAUCGAAGAGGAAUGUCCUUGGAAGAUGUAUUCAAAGAAUAGAUCCGAGAUCGCAAGUUAUAUACACAUAAGGCCGAUGAAUCGCCGGCAGGGUGUUUAAUCCGUUGGUUCGAGACUUUUGAUCUUGAGGUUUCUGGGCUUCCUUGGGCAAUGCGUUACUGUAGGCCGCAGAUUACUUGACAAAUCAUAAAGCCUCGCUACAGAUUGUUCCCUUUCUUCAACGUCGAGUUCAGCACGUCAUAUGGUUGAUCUUUUGGUUAUAUGCAUGACCAUUUUACUGGAACAUAUGUCGUUACUUGCUUAAUCUCGCAAUGCUCUUUUUUGCACUGCAUAAUCGGCUAACUGUUUAUCUCCACAAUAGCCUCUGAUUUUCCAGUAUCUGGCUGAGCAAAUAGCAUUGUUUUCCCGUUAUCAAGAUAUCCGUCGAUGCACAAAUCCGUGUUCACGAAUAUCUUUGGUAUCGAGAGCCCAGUUUUAUAUUGUUCGUUGAUGUGGCAACCACACGAAACGCUUCAUGCCCGUUUGCCACAAAGACUGGGAUCAAGGGACACCUACAAGAACGCAUGAUAAAGAGCGGGGUUGGCUCAGAUUGAGGAACGGUAUAUCGAUAAGCGCGAACAAGAGCAAAGCACUUGUUGUGGACGUUGUAGGAAGAUUCCUUGCGUUGAAACUGGACAGAGCAAGUACAACUCAUUGCUCUUACCAUUUUCGGGUGCUCGACGAAGUUUAAAAUGAAGACGUCGCGACGGAUCAUCUCAUAAAUUUGCAAGCCUUUCGAGCUUCUGGUGCCGAAUUCUUUUCCAAAGGACGCCCACCGUCUUCAGAGUCGAUUGCAGCCUAAUUUAAGCCCAGGUAGCUGCAAAGAAGAAUAUGGCGAAGAGCCCAGGUGCCGUCUCAAGUCCAGACUUGAGCAGGUUGCGGUACCGAUUGGAGGUUGGAGAGAGUUCAUGGCCCGAUUCAGUCUGACCUGAGCUACCAUCAAAGAGGAUUUUAAUGUUCAAGCUUGUGAUUGUGUGGGAGUGGCUGAGCAUCCCAUAUCAUCUUGGUGAAGGGCAACG